AGAACGAGGUCCAUCGAAAAGGUGACGUGUUACAGCGGGUCCUUGCUUCUUCCGUGUCGGUGUAAAUAGUGUGCUGUCCUGUUAUACAAGUCAGUAAAAUGUCGAAAGUAACGUUUAAAAUCACGCUGACGUCGGACCCUCGAUUACCAUAUAAAGUAUUAAGUGUACCUGAGAGCACGCCGUUCACAGCAGUUUUGAAAUUUGCAGCAGAAGAGUUUAAAGUGCCAGCAGCCACCAGUGCCAUCAUUACAAAUGAUGGCAUCGGAAUCAACCCAGCGCAGACAGCAGGAAACGUGUUCCUGAAACAUGGCUCGGAGCUACGAAUCAUUCCCAGAGAUCGGGUUGGAGGAUGUAGCCAGGCCAGGAUGUGACUAUCCGGUGCUUUUCUGUCACAGACGAUGAACAUGCUUAUUUAUUGUCCGGCCCUGAGGUGUCCACUCUCAGCUGCGCUAACUGUGACUGCUGCGGCUCCAAAUCUGUCAGAGGACCUCACAAAUCUCACCGAGCCACCCUCACAGCCCCCUUCUCAAAGAUACACACUUGCAGGAUGUUGUCAAUUUGUUGUGCCCCAGUCAACUAGAUCUUUUGAUCUUUCACAAAAUAUUCCAGCUCUGUUUAAGAUCGCAUACAUAUUUUGUUCAUUAUGCAUAUUUUUACAUGUCUUAAAUGCAUAAUGUCUACUUCAAGUCCAAUAAAUGUUUACAUACUGUUAAAAAAUAUGAUUUCCAUUUUAAGAAGACAAGGCAAAUGAGUCAUAAUAUUUUGUCUUUUUCUUUUUUCUUUACAUUUCAUGUGUGUUUCAUUAAUGGUUGUUUUGAGCUCUGUUAUAUAGCUUUUAUUGCAGGCAGAAAAUGACAAUGUCAAUGUAAUGAAACUCCUGCAGCUGUGGAGCUAAACAAAACUAUACAACAGUAUGAUUCAAGAAGCUGUAAAUAAA